GAGUUGGGCGCCACCAGUGCCAUUUAGGUUGAGAUCAUGGUAUCUCGAAUGCUUUCGGUGGCCUGCGCGGCUAUGGCCGCCCUGUUCGCUGCGAGGGUAUUUUCGGCCUUUGCAGUGGGACAAGUACCUAAGACACUCUCGCCACCCCGCAUUGCAGAGCAAGUUGGAGCUGGCAGUGCCGCUGCAGGCAAUGGCUCCAGUGGCUCCAUUUGUGGCGCAGUGGUUGGCUUGCUGGCCGCCGGUGGUCUUGCGGCCCGCAGCAUGCGACGCAGCCGAGGAGUGCAGUGCAACGCUUUCUCCAGCAGCAGCAGUGGCUUCAUGGGCACCCCAUGUGCUUCCUCCUACAUUGCAGCGGCACCAACAUCUUACGAGGCCCCGACUCCACAGCCUCAGCCUUUUCAGCCAGUCUUAUCUGGUGUGGCAAGCAUGGGCAUGAAGGCUCAAGUUUGGUGGGUGAAGAACACUGGUUUCGAUGGCCCAAAAAAGGGCGGAGCUCGAAUUUUCGAGAGCAGACGUCGUGAGUCAAGGCGCCGUGGUGAAGAGCUUUUCCGCCAUGACACUGACAACUUCGAGUUCUGCGUCCACAAUUUGAUUCAUGCACCCGGAGCACUGAAGAAGAAGAUCGUCCAUGGUCGUGGAAAGUAUGGACACCAUGGUCGAACAUGUGGUUAUGGUACCACAAAGAAUGGUGCUCAUAAGCGUGGACGACGAACUCUGAAUCCUGGCUAUGAGGGCAAUCAGAAGCCACUGCACUUGAAGACACCAAAGUUGACCAGAGACCAACUGGACACCAUGAAGCAAGACCCAUACACGCAGAUCGACAUCAAAGUCCUCAAUAUGUGUGAAGACGGUGACGAGGUGGACUAUAUGGAUCUUUUCGUUCGUGGCCUUCCGGUUCAGUCUCGCAAGAAGUUUGACAAGGUCAAAGUAAAAGCCAAGGAAGCCGACGUGUUGACAACGAAGAAUCUCAUAGUCUAUGCUCAUGCUUUCGAACCACCAGCCCGUGAGAAGAUUGAGCAGAAUGGUGGAAGGUGCAUCCGACUGUCGGAUGUUGGCAGCCUGCCUAUCGAUGCCCGUUGGUUGAGCACCAACGAGUUCAAGGUGCAAGAUGACGAAAACGAGGAAGGUGCUGAGGGCGAGGAGGAAGCGGCUGAGUGAAGCAAAACGCGUGAAGCAGAGCUGCCAGACAAAACAUGACAAAACCAAUGCUUCAAUCGUGGUAAUGGGUGAAUUUUGAGGAAGGUUUAAUGUUGGGAGAGUGCCAUGCCGGCAUCAGAUGAAAUCGAUGCCAAUACAAACUGAGCCUUAAAUGAUGGGCCUGCAUGGUCGUGCCAUUCCGCUGACCCAAAAUCGUUUCAAGGCAUACAG